AUGUCUGUGGACAUCCCAGGCCAAGCCAUAGACGCGCAACUCCUCAUCAAUGAGGCCAAGUCGCUCGUGUCCCAACUUUAUGAUCCGGGGAAUACUGGGAACCCCGCCAAGAUCAAAGCCAUCCAAGAGCACCUGCAGAGUCUUCAAAAAAGUCCCCAGGCAUGGCUAAUCGCCAAUCAGCUUCUCAGUGAGGCCAGCACAGACCUAAGGUUCUUUGGUGCUUUGACGUUCACGGUCAAGAUUAAUCAUGAUUGGCAAAGUCUAAGCUCUGAGGAGGCUCAGGAACUUCUAGGGCGACUGAUAGAUCAUUAUGUCUUUCUCGUUAAUGGGGGCGAGCGGCCCCUGGUCAUACGGAAGUUGGCUUCAAGCCUCGCAACCAUGUUCCUGAAACCCAACGCUCCCUGGUCCAGAGCACUCUGUAACCUGGCAGCAUCACUGGCAAACGGGAAACAUGUCUCAGAAGAGCACUGCAAGUCCAUUGAUUUGCGGGGUGCGGUGCUCCCUGCUAUGUCCGAGCGGCAUGUAACCUCAUUGCUCUACUUCUCCAAUAUCCUCGCCGAGGAGAUUCACAGAUGGAGUUCAGAACCACGACGAAGCAGAGAGGAACACCAUACAUACGUAAAUGUCAAGGACGCCUUUGCUGUCGUUGACUAUGUUCUUUCUCAUGUUAUGCAGCAGCAUGCCUCUGGGAUCCCGGUAUCAGAUGAGGCCCUGGGCACUGAAGCUAUCAACUCAUAUCAAGCGUGGAUGAAUGUACGGAGCGCAAUCCAAUUGCGUGAUUCGUUGUCUGUGUUGGACCUAGCCUCUACGACGGCUUACAUCAUUCAGAGCAUGAAAGUACCUGGACUUGCAAAAUCUGCAACACAGGUUGUGGUCGAGCUGAUAGACUGGCGUGACAGUAUCUUUACCCAGGAUCAUCUCACUGCUAUUAUGGAGUAUGUUGUCAGUGAUUUUGGGGCUGCGCACGUCGCGUCACUUAUUGAGGCGGAUUUUGAGGACGAGAACAUGUCGUUCUUGGAUCUCCUAUUGGCUUAUGCAACGUUGAAGCAGAGAGACCUCAUGACCAAACAAUUAGACCCACAGCAUGCGAAAAUGCUCACUCUUCUACACACGCUGUUCAAAGCUCCUGGCUACGCAGCGGUGGACGAUCCGGCCUCGCCGCUUGUUCUUGAGUGGUGGACAGAAGUCGCCGAUGACCUCCAGGAUAUAUAUUCGGACUCGGAAGAUCAAACGAGUCUUGAGCCGGCUAAAAGGAAUUUGGCCGAAGCGGCUUUGGACUGCUUUGAAAAACUAAAAUUUCCGAGCCCAGAAGAGCUGCAAGGUUGGGGUGAUGAUGACCGUAGCGAGUUCGGUUCGUUUAGGCGUGAUGUGUGUGACUUCCUCCUAGCCAUCUACCCAAUGUUGGGGGUGGAGCUUGUCCGGGUCUUCCAAGAACGAGCAAGAAUAUCACUGGUACAGCAGGAAUGGCGCACGUUUGAGGCUGCUAUUUUCUGCAUUGCUCAGCUUUCGGAGGCUGUCGAUGAGAACCAACACGCUGACGAGUGUCUCAAUUCGAUCUUCUUCUGUGACGAAUUCGCUCGCCUGUGCGAAGGAAAUGGAGUGCUAAUCCCAGACAAACCACGUCAAACCUUGGUGGACAUGCUGGGAAAGUAUCAGUCGUACUUUGAACGCACACAUGCCUUGCUACCUCGAGUCCUUACCUUUCUGUUCGCGUCUCUCGAUGUUAGCUCGUGUGCGCCAACAGCAUCCAAGUCAAUUGCAUAUCUUUGUAAAUCAUGCCGCAACGCGCUAACCUCAGAACUGCCAGCCUUCAUUGACCAAUUCGAACAUUUCCGCUUCAAACCCACGGCCACUACUCAUACCAUGGAAAAGGUACUAGAAGGAAUCGCCGCCAUCAUCCAGACUUUGCCUACGGACGAAGCAAAGUCACAAGUCAUUGAACGAAUUCUCCGGUUUUUCCACGGGCAGGCAGAGGCGGCCCGUGAUGAGGCGGUUGGUGGCUUAGUGGAGCAGGCUCAGACCCGUGGCCAAUUUGUGCUGCGCUGCGUCGCAAGUAUUGGUAAGGGUCUGAGAACCGAUGGUGAGGUGAAUUUGGAGUCGAACGACCAUGGGGAUGGUGACCCCUACCCUCCGACAUUCUGGAAUACGGGCAGUGGCGCCGUGUCUCAGAACCUGAUCAUGCAAUGCAUGCAGCUGCUCAUCACCGAUUUCCCUGUCGAUGUGACCAUAAUUGAAGCCGCAUGCGACAUCUUGAAGGCUGGUUAUAUCGAAAGUACGGGACCAUAUGUCUUCCCACCAAUGGUGACUGUCAACUUUGUCAAGAGCAUACCUCUAGGCAGUGUUGGUACCGACAUAGUGAUGGGUACGGCUUCAUCUUUCCUUGCAUCUCAUAGCUCACACUGUCAGCGAAUCCGUGACGAAACGGUUGCGCUGAUCGUGCACGUGUAUGACACUUUCUGUUGGAUGCAUGAGAAACCUGAGUACUAUGACCCCGAAGUCGCCAACAGUGGGAUCGACUUCCUUACACGCUUACUCCCCAAAUAUCACCCUUUCCUAUUUGCACUCACGACGCCGCCCCAAGAAGCCAGCCAAAUUCCUUCUUCAAAUGGGGGUGAGCUUCAACGGCCGUCAGUUCUUGAAGCUGUCUUGAAUUUCACUCUCCUCUCAUUGCGAGGGCCUGAACCACUUCCGCUCCGCUCUGCCUCGCAGUUCUGGGUGAAUGUGCUAACGCUUCCAAAUGACGGUGGGUCUAUUCAAACUGCCAUCAUGCAGUGUCUUCCAGCCCUUUGUCGUAUCCUGAUCAAUCAGGUGGCCGGGCGAUGCGCGCGGUCGGACCUCGAGCAUCUCUGUGAGGUGCUUCGAAAGCUCAUCUUCAAACAGCAAGGGGCUGCGCGCCCCCACCUCGCUGCAGCGCUGGCUGAUCUAGGUAGCAAUGACGCUUCCAAUCAACAUCAAGGUGCGUCUACGUCGCCCGAGGACAGGCAACGCUUCCUUGCGUCACUGCUAGCGGCAAGGGGUGCCAGAGCGCCAACUAGUCAGUUGAUACGCACGUUCUGGGUCAAAUGUCGGGGAGUGAGUUUCGACUACGUUGGGUAG